UGACGUAAGCGGAAAUGGGUGCGUGUGCCUUUCUGUUUAGUGUCCCUAGCUUUUCUAGCUGCGGUCUAUUGCGAGGUGAAAUAAAUUCCAAAUUUGUUGUUGCUUGUUAUAGAUAUGGCUGAUGAAGACUCUCUGGAGGAUUACCCAGCCGAAAUUGCUGAAUACCUGACUGGUUUCGUGUCUUCUGUGAGCUCGGUCCAAAAUGUGAUACAAACCCUCAUGUCUGUCUCGAAGGGCGACAGCCUAAAGCUUGGCCCCCUUGAGCAAGCCAAACUGGACUUAAUGUCAGUAUACGCCCUCAACUCUCUAUUCUGGAUGUACUUGGUAACACAAGGAGUUAAUCCAAAAGAUCAUGGAAUCAAACAGGAACUGGAGAGAAUCCGGACCAACAUGAACAGGAUAAAGGAGAUCACAGAUAAGAAACAAGCAACUUGUCUGGACAAAGAUGCAGCAUCUCGGUUUGUCAGGAAUGCACUGUGGGUUGGAAAGGACACCAAAGCCAAAGACAGCAUGGGGAAGCACAGCAAGCCAAGGAAAGGAAACUGACUUGAGGAGCAAGUCAAACUGCUGGGACUGUACUAUACACACGCGCACACAAUGUGUCUUCAUCAUUGAUGUGCUUUCUCUCAUCAUUGUUCCAUUUCUUCUUUUAGGCCUCUGUUUUGCCUGGCAGCAGGUUGAGGUUUGGUAUUGUCAAUGUAAUUUUGUUGACUUACACAUUUUAUGAUAAGAUUUCAAUGGGAAGUAGAUAUUUACAAACAGUCUACAUGAAGUUGUAAUGGUAAUGAGAUCUCAUGCAUGGUUGUUUUUUUUUUUUUUUUUGCACAUAUCCAAGUAAACGUUCACAUCUACUUAUGUCCAUUCUCAAGGAGAUGCCGACCAAAGUUUUUUGUUUUAUGAGAAUUUGCCUAGAAACAUAAUUCAAGCUGUGAUUACUAUGUGAAAUGUUUUUAUUAAAAUAUAAAUAUUCUAAACACAA